CUGAACGACUCCUCCAUGCUGAACCUCAGCUUUCUGCCCAGUAACUGGUUUAAUAACGGCACGGGGGACAGCUUCCUGCCGCUCAGCAUCAAGAUCACCAUCGUGGUUGUCUACUCCAUUGUCUGCAUCGUGGGGCUGGUGGGCAACUGCUCCGUCAUGUACGUGAUCGUCAGAUUCACCAAGAUGAAGACAGCAACCAACAUUUACAUCUUUAACCUCGCUCUGGCUGAUACCUUGUGUCUGAUGACCUUACCCUUCCAGGGUACAGACACAUUCCUGGGCUUCUGGCCCUUUGGCAACGUCCUCUGCAAGAUUGCCAUCUCUAUAGACUACUACAACAUGUUCACAAGCACCUUCACCCUGACGAUGAUGAGCGUGGAUCGCUACAUUGCUAUCUGCCACCCUAUCAAAGCCCUGGACAUCCGCACUCCCCACAAGGCCAAAGUGGUGAAUGUCUGCAUCUGGGCACUGGCUUCUGUCUUUGGCAUCCCGGCAAUGGUGAUGGGGUCUGCGGAGAAUGAGAACAACGAAAUUGAUUGCCUCAUUAAACUCCCUUCACCCGUGGAUUACUGGGAUCCAGUCUUUGGCAUCUGUGUCUUUCUCUUCUCCUUUAUGAUCCCUGUGUUGAUCAUCACCAUUUGCUACAGUCUCAUGAUCAGACGGCUCAAGAACGUCCGUGUCCUCUCAGGCUCCAAGGAGAAGGACCGAAACCUGAGGCGCAUCACCCGAAUGGUCCUGGUGGUUGUGGCAGUCUUCAUCAUCUGCUGGACUCCCAUCCAGAUUUUCGUGCUGGUCCAGUGCUUGGGUGCCAAGGCAGAAAGCGAGCUCGAGCUGGCCAUCUCCUGCUUCUGCACCGCGCUGGGCUACGCCAACAGCAGCCUGAACCCCGUGCUCUACGCCUUCUUAGAUGAGAACUUCAAGGCGUGCUUCAAGAAGUUCUGCUUCCCCACCGCCUUCAGGACCGAGCUCCAGAUGUCCAACAGGAUGUGCAGCAUCGCCAAGGAUGUGGCCUACGCCUGCAAGAACUCAGAGGGGACUAACAAUCCGGCCUGA